GGAAACACAGCGAAGCCCUAGCUUGGAAGCAAUUUGCUGAAGGUAAAACCGACGUUAGCGAUGGAGUUGAUAUUAUCAGGGUUCAAAGAAGAGCACAAUGUGGAAGAAGAGGAUACAAAAUCAUCAUCAUCAUCAAGUGGACGAAGGUUAGUUCCUUGGUUGAACUGGGAUGAAUGGAUUUUCGUCAAAGACGCUCUCUUCUCUAAUUCUCCUCACUCUGUUUCGUCUGCUCUCAACAGAAUUUCGGCAUGGCGAAGUCGAGGUUCCUUGCCAGUUCUCAUCGAAGUCACUGCUUCCAUCAUCGAAAUUCACCACAAAGACCCCUAUUUUCGACCAGAUCAAUCGAAUGGCGCAUCGCUAUCGGAGGAGAUGCUCGCUUUGCUGUAUUGCAUGGCAAUCAUAAGGCUUGUGAAUUGUGUUGUUGAGAAGACACGCAAAAAAGAAUUGGUGUCAAUAGCUGUGGCAGCUGAUGCAAUUGGUAUUCCACGCAUGCUGAUUGAUGUUCGCCAUGAGGGAUCACAUCGUGAGCUUCCAUCACUUAAGGUUGUUCGUAGUGCCUCCAUUAAGGCACUUGAUUGGUUAAAAUCUUAUUAUUGGGAGCCUCAGAGCAAAGCAAUUCCUUUUCAAGGUGAAGGAAAUGCGACAGUCAAAAAAGAAAUCAAGUCUAAGAUUCGUGAGUUAGCUAUCUGCUUGAAAGUCAAUGGGAAUCCUCAGUCUAGUACUUCACUGCACAAGGGAAAACGGGUCAAGCAUGGUGAAUUGCUUUUUGGGCGUAAUAAGCUUUUGUCUCUUAUGAUUGGCAAGGGCCAAACAUCACGACCAGGAGGAUCUAAGAAACAGAUUACAAAGAUCUUGAAAUCUGUUCUUCGGUUAUAUUCAUCAUACUCCUCAGAGAUAGUAUCUGUGUUGUUGGAGUAUUUGUUGAAAGCUUUAAGUUCCUUAGAGUUAGAGGAGAAUGCAGAUGAUGCUUAUGUUGGUAUAACCAUGCAGAAUGCUUUGGCUGAUUGGAAGAAUGUCAUACUCAAAUUGUGGAAUAAGGAGCCAGAAUUACUUCUGAACCUUCUUAAAGAAGUUCUCGAUAUGAUUGAGAGUCAGGAAGAUAUGAAGUGUGAAGAAGAUAAUCCAUGUGUUGGGAUUUCACACUUGAGGGCAGAGUCACGCAGAACUGAUUAUCUUUCUUCUUUGUUUACAUGGCUUGUUGGAAUUCUCAGCAAAGUUCCCUCUGCAGCAGCAAAUAUGCCAAAGAGAGUUUUGCUUGAAUUUCUUCGUAAAUGUCUUCUAAUAUCACAACUUUGCAACAAGCAGCUCAUGGAGUCAGCCCUUCAUCUUGCAAAACUGAUGGAUGACAGUUCCUUGUUGGAGAGAGUUAAAAAGCUCUCUCUUGUUGGUUUGUCCAAUUUUGACAUUGCAGAUGAUGGAAGCUCUUCAUUAUUAACUUCAAAGAGUAUUUUACAAUAUGAGGAAUCCAUACAUGCAGCAGCUAAAAAGCUGGAGUUAGUUAAACAACAGAUAAUGAAAAAUAAAAAACCAACGGCAAUGGAUUGUGAGACUAAAAGAUCACAGGCAUGGACUUUGGCAAAAUCAUGGAACCCAUGUCCCAUUGGCAUGUUGCCCCGAGCUGUUGGUUCGACUGGUUGUCUUCCCGUUCUUGACAAUAUUGAUAAUGGAAAUGGUUCAUCUGGUUGUCUUCCUGUUCUUGACAAUAUUGAUAAUGAAAACCAUUCAACUGGUUGUCUUCCUGCUCUUGACAAUAUUGACAACGAAAAUGGUUCAUCUGGUUGUCUUCCUAUUCUUGACAAUAUUGAUAAUGAAAAACAGAAUCAACUAUCAGAAAGGAAAGAGAAUGGGAAAUUGAUCCAACAUGGUGCCAAGAGAGAUGCCACUUUAGACCUUCCGCUACUUGAUAACACAACUGUUAAGAAGAUGAGGGAGACCAAAGAAGUUGGCGAAUUAAACCAUGUAUUGCCAAUGGAUGGGGAGAUAGGAUGCCUCAUUGCAGGCGGAGUUAGGAACAGAGUUAUGAAGGAAGAUCUGCUAGCCAUGCGUCGUGUUUGGUAGGCCAAAUUUUUUUUCGGGAAUGUUAGGUUUAAUUUUACUGAUGUUAUGUUUGGUUGAUUAUAAAAUAUUGAUGAGAAUUUGAACCGAAAUGAUAAAAUUAUCCAUCAUUUUGAAUAUUGAAUCUCUUUUUAGUCAUCAAAUGUUCAUUUUACUGUGGCAUUUUUGUCUCAAAAUGUUGUU